UGUUAGUCUGCGAGAGCAGCCAAUAUACAACAGUUGCCUUCUUCCGCGUGUUUUUAUCGGAUUUGUUUUCAUUUUAUUCUUGGUAAAAUGACAAAACUUGAUUUGUUACACUCUCAUUUGUUAAACCGUUUGUCUGCUGUCAUUCGUGAGAUUUUUGAGGAGGUGGAGGAAACGGUGAAAGAUUAUCAAGAGGAGACUGUGCGUACUCGAGCGGAAAACGCAAAGCUCAAACGGCAACUGAGGGAGGUUUUGAUCAGGACAGAGACACAUUUUAACGGACAAGUCCACAAUGUCUCUCAGAAUAUUCCUGAUGACAACGUCACCACACAACUACCUGCAAGUGGGUCUUAUUCCCAAAAUGAAACUGAAGACCAAGAGACUCAGAGAACAGAGGAUCAUGGCCAAGGUCCAGCUUCAUUUAGAGAUGAGAAGCCAUGCAUACAGGACCUGACUCCAAUCAGUAAAACAGAGUCAAAUGAUAGAGAGUCAGAACAUCUCAAAGAGAGAUCCUCCACAUUAUCUCAUUCACCUACAGAAGAACGGCUUGUUUCUCAGAGUGUGGAUGAGAGGCGGAAUAUGAACUUGCCCUCUGUAGGAGCAGAUACAAUUAAGAUUGAGCAAGAGGACACUAUUAUCACAAUAUCACCAUCUGUCAUUAACAGUCCUGGCCAUGCAGGUCAGUGUCAGGGCUCAGAUACCACACACCAGCUAAGAACAAGCUGUGACACAUCAAACACGCUUAAAAAAAUACAGAGAAAGGAACUCAAUAAGGUUUCAGCAAAAAUCCCAGAUGAUCAUCAUCGUGAGGGGCCGUAUAAGUGUAACAAGUGUGGAAGGCAGCUGAAGGAUUUGGCAAAACUGCAGUUGCACAGAAAAUUGCAUGAAAGAUCCUUCAGCUGUCACUGGUGUGGCAGAAACUUUUCUAAGUUUGAUUAUCUUCGCUUUCAUAUGCGCACGCACACAGGAGAGCGGCCAUACCGCUGUAACUGGUGCUCAAAGACAUUCACCCAGUGUGGCAACAUGAGGAGACAUGAACGCACGUGCCAGAGGUUUACUAAAGAAGCGACAGCGUAUGUGCAGGAAGACAGACCGCUACUUAAAUUGUGACAUGGUGUGAUGUGUAAUUGUUGCUAGAUGACUGCAGGCUUGCUUCAAGUCACCUGAAAGAACGUCUGUUUAUUUUUACAGUUGAAUUUCAUUUUUAUUCUGAACUAUUGUUAUAUUUUUUGUUAAAUCAAGUGAAUUUUAAUAAUUAUGAGCUGAAGCUUACCCCUCAAACAGAUUUCUGUAGAAAUAUAAGGAUGUGCACACUAGUAUGUAUCUGAAUAUAGUAGACUUCACAGAAAGAGUUCCUUAUAAAAAAACUACAUGGCAAGUGUCAAAUCCCCACUUUCUCAUUUGAGAUGAUGUCGUGUCUUGUGUGUAUUUUAAAACAAAAACAAUGAACACAUUUUGUGUUUAACAACAAACAAUAAAAUCAGUUUUAUCAUGGAAAAGUGUUUGUAAGCUUUGCUAUUAAAUUGAGUUUC